AAAGCUCAUGUCUAACAGAGUCAAAUGACGCGCUGCUGGAUGAUCGCCAGGCGGCUGUCCGAAGUUUCCAGCCGUGUCGCGGUUGACUGGUGUGCGGAUGCGGGGAGCUGUCCGCGGUGCUGAACCUCUACAUCGAGCAAUCUGUUUAUAGCAGCCUGAGAUACAGCCGCUCUCCGCCAUACUCGUGCAGCUCUAUCCACAGGCAACGAUUUGUGGGUUUAUAAGACUUUACGGACAUUUUAUUUGACAUUUGAGUAAUUCCGACUGGAUUGUGUUACGUCAGGACAUGUUAUACAGUGUGUUCAGGAGUCGUUGCAGCAUGUGCGUGAGGAUUGUGCUCCAGAAGAACUCGCUGUUUGUGCUUCUGGUUCUGGCCGUCUCGUUGAGUCAAACGCGUUGUCAGGAGGAUGAAGCAGCGCAAACCCAGAGAGGGGGAGAAUCAGAAUCAGAGAGAGAGUUCAGCCCUUUCACCAGCAAACAAGUUCCACCGACUGACAUCCAACAGCUCACAACAGACGCUGUACCAAACCUCACGAACCUUAGACUGCUAAAGCUCCAUGCGGCCCUGCUGACCAAGAGCUUUGAGGGGGAUCAGCAGUUUUUUAAAGAGGCGGUACAAACCGUGCCAACCUCGCCUACCUCAUCAUCUGACGGUGAACUUUUGCAUCCAGUGCCUGAUGAAGACACCGCUGAACCAACCACUGCGACCGUGAGCGCUGCCACUCCUUUGAUGUCGGUCACUGGCAGCUCAGUGGGGCAAAAAAGACGCAGCAAAAGCCGAAUGUCGAAGAUGGUGUCAACGACCAGCGCAGGUCAACAAGCAGCUUUUACAACGGUAAAAGACAACCUUCAGCGUCAGAGAACGUUGGACAGGGAGGCUACUUUGUCACCACCGUCUCUGUCAACUUCACCUGAGAAAACCACAGGAUAUCAUUUUGACACACCAGCUGAGUGCAAUAUGAACUUCACUGAAGCCGAAGGUUAUAUUGAGAUUCCCCCGGACGUCUCAUUUGAUUCCCACAUAAAUUGCUCCUGCCUUGUAACUGUAUAUCUGGGCUAUGGAGUUGAGAUUCAGGUGUUGAAUGUGAGUGUGGAGGAUGGGGUGGAGGUGUUUCUGGAGGAUCUGGGUGGAUCUGUGCCCUCUGUCCUGGCUAACAGCUCUUUGUUAUCCAGAGGUCUGGUGUUGCGGAGCUCCAGUAACCAAAUCUCUGUACGCUUUAGCAGCGAACAGGCCAAUCGACCUGGUUUAUUGCUACUGCGCUACAGAGCUUUUGUUCUUAGUUGUGUCUCUCCACUGACUCCUAUUAAUGGCGACAUAUCAGUCACUAGUCUCCAGGUAGGGGGCGUGGCUUAUUUUUUCUGUCUGAAUGGCUAUCAGCUCCAGGGUUCCGCCUCCCUCACCUGCCAAAAUGCCAGCACGCCAUUCUGGAGCGGCAGAGAGCCCACAUGCCAAGUUACUUGCGGGGGAACGUUGAAGAAUGCCACUCAGGGUCAGAUCAUCUCUCCGGGGUUUCCUGGAAACUACAGCAACAAUCUGACGUGCCACUGGGUACUGGAGGCCCCUGAGGGCCAUCGGCUACAUGUUCACUUUGAGAAGGUGGCAUUGGCAGAGGACGAUGACAGGCUGUUGAUAAAGGACGGGAUGAACAUCGAAUCUCCUCCCCUCUAUGACUCGUAUGCAGUGGAGUAUCUGCCCACUGAAGGGGUGACAAGCAAUGCCAGGCAUCUGUUUGUGGAAUUCAUCAGUGACGAAUCGGGCACGUGCACUGGCGCGGCCAUCAGAUAUGAAGCGUUUGCAGAAGGCAGCUGCUACGAGCCGUUUGUGAAAUAUGGAAAUUUCUCCACGAGCGAUCCGUUGUUUAGUGUCGGGUCUGUGGUGGAGUUUUCCUGUGAACCUGGCUACACACUGGAGCAGGGCGCUGUUAUUUUAGAAUGCGUCAACCCCGACAAUCCUCAGUGGAACGAGACAGAACCGGCCUGCCGAGCUGUGUGCAGUGGAGAAAUAAGCGAUUCGGGCGGCGUGGUGCUCUCUCCGAACUGGCCUGAAGCAUAUGACAAAGGUCAAGACUGUAUCUGGGGUCUGCACGUGGAUGAAGACAAAAGAAUUAUGCUAGACGUCCAGGUUCUUCGUCUGGGAAGGAACGACCUGCUCUCCUUUUAUGACGGGGAUGACCUGACGGCCAACAUCUUGGGUCAGUACAGCGGUUUCCUUCCUCGAUUCAGACUCUACACCUCUACAGCCGAUGUGACCAUCCAGUUUCAGUCUGAUCCGGCUUCUAACAUCUACGGAUACAACAAUGGCUUCGUGGUGCAUUUCUAUGAAGUGCCACGUAACGACACCUGCACAGAGCUUCCCGAAAUUCCCAAUGGCUGGAAGAGCACGUCUCAUCCCGACCUGACCCACGGUACCGUGAUCACCUACCAGUGUUACCCAGGGUUCCAUCUGCAGGGCUCAGAGAUCCUGAUGUGCCAGUGGGAUCUAACAUGGAGUGGAGACGUACCCUUCUGUGAGAAAAUUAUGUCAUGUGAGGAUCCAAGGCUGGUGGCGAACGGUCGCAGGCUGGUGAGCGGCUCUCGUUUCGCAGUGGGGUCUUCGGUGGAAUAUAUCUGUAAUAAAGGUUACUCACUUUCUGGCCCUGGAGUUCUCACCUGCUACAGCCGAAAUACAGCUGACCCCAAGUGGAGUGAAAGACUGCCCAAAUGUGUUCCUGAGCGAUAUGAACCCUGCAGUAUCCCGGGCGCCCCCUCCACGGCUAUCCAGAGCACAGAGAAAGCUUUCUUCCAGGCAGGAGAGAAUCUGAGUUUCACCUGCCGUAACGGCUACGAGCUUCAGGGUGAAUCCACAAUUCACUGCCUCCCUGGACAUCCCUCUCAAUGGAGCAGUUCGCCCCCUAUGUGCAGAGCAUCGUCUGGAAACACAGAUGAAUACAAACUAAAUGCCGCUGGAGCAGAAUUUGGGGUGGAGGGUGUCAACAUUGCCAUCGAGGUUCUGAUUCCUGUAGCUGUGGUGCUAAUACUUCUCCUGGGCGUUUUCUUCUGCGUCUCAAUAACUCAAAGCAAGACCCUUCAACUCCCUGGGUCUUCAUCUCCACCGUAUGACAACAUGACUGAAGAAUCUGCAUUUGACAACCCAGUUUAUGAGACAGGAGUAAGUAUGGACGACAUGAACCUGAGAGAUGUGGGGUCACACAACACCAUCGUCCUGUCCUGAUCAGCCCUGCAUGCCAUUCUGUCAUUCACCAGCAGAGGGAGCCAUUCUGUCACACUGCCCUACCAUUCUAUCAUUUACCAUCAUGAUUCUCCUCUCUGUGGAACAAAUUGUGAGAAACCAAAGAACAACAUUUUAAACAGUUAGAUGGCUAAACAGAAUAUACAGAAAAAAGCUAAGUUUAGUCUGGUCUUUGUUGCUGUCCUGUGAAUUAUCUGAUAACAUGUGAUCAUAGUUUUAGUGUUAUAUCAUAACAAACUAAUGAGGAGAACUAUUUAUAAAAUAUUUAUUCAAAUGUCCUUUCAUUGGUUAAUGUGGUUCCUUUGUUUUGGAGGUUUUACAUUUUUUUUUCAAAUAAACUACAAAAUACUGCAUUGUAAACAUCCAUUUGCAGUAAAAUAAAAUCUGUAAAGCAGAUGCUGUAUAUUUCUCAACAUACGCUUUACCAAGGCUGGAGAUCCUCCUUAAAUAAUGAGACUAGAUUUAUAUCUUCAGGAUUCUUUCUCUCACCUGAUUAUUAUUUUCUAAAUGUCAAAUUCCAUUUGGAAUCAACAUAAUUUUCUCAUUGAAACUCAUUUUGUGUAGGCAUAUUUUCAUUAUAAUGUUGUUCGUUUUUAUUCAAAUUAUAAUAAACUGCAGUUUUUUAUAUUGAUGUUAAUGAAUAUGAAGUAGAAAGCUUUGUAUUAUUUCACCCUAAUCAUUUUAUUUGUAUAAGUAUUUACACUGUUCUGACAGCCAACUGUACACUGUACAUAACUGGACGGUCAUGUAAUCAUUUGUUUA